AUGUCUGCCCAAGCCUUGGAAAAAGUUCAUUUGAUUGAUUCAAUAUGCCGCUUGGGUGUUAGUUAUUACUUUGCAGAUGAGAUUGAGGAGAUUUUGCAAAAUAUUUACAAGAAUAAUGUUGAAGAUGGAGAAAUAACUUUCAAUGACAACCUUUGCUCUCUCAGUGUGCUAUUUAGGUCGCUAAGACAACAAGGACAUCAUGUUUCACCAAAUGUUUUCAACAAAUUCAAGAGUGAAAAAGGAGAAUUCAGUGAAGGACUUAUUAAAGAUGUUGAGGGAAUGCUAAGCUUCUUAAGGCAGACUCUCCAUAAGAACUUGCAAAGGCUUGAAACACAUAGAUUCAUUUCCAAAUACGAGCAAGAUCCUUCCAAUAAUAAAACUUUACUCGUUUUGGCAAAAUUAGAUUUUAACAUGAUCAAAAAGCUACAUCAAAAAGAAAUUGGUAAUAUUUGCAAAUGGUGGAAUAAUUUGGAUGUGCCUAAUAAAUUACCUUAUGCAUGA